UAUGUUUUCAUAAGUUUCUGUUUCGACUGUGUAAAGUGGCCAAAUAAAGAACUGUGCUUCUGAGUUUCAAGGCAGAUACCUACCAUCGACUCGACCAAAUUUAGAGUUUAACAUUGAUGCGGCUCAGCCGCGCCCGUGACCGUCUGCUUCCGCUGUUUUGAUCUGCCGAGGUUGAAUGUCAUACGGCCCAGCUAAGGCUUCAACUACACCAUACCCAAUCCAUCUGCUGUUCUAGUAGUAUCGCUUGUCGCUCACUCGCCCUUUUCCACGCCGAAACGCAAUUUCUGUGGGUAAUAAUCGACAAAAUGGCUAUCGAAAAGGAAGGCACUUUUGAGGUCGAUGGGCACAGUCUCUACACCAAGUCUUGGCUUCCCGACGGCCCAACCAAGGCCAAACUGAUCUUCUUCCACGGCUUCAGCGACCACGUCAACCGCUACCAGGCCUUCUUCUCGGCGCUCGCGGCCCGCGGCAUCGCCGUGUACGGCGUCGACCAGCGCGGCUGGGGUCGCUCGGUCAAGAAGCCGUCCGAACGAGGUCUUACGGGGCCGACGAGCCGGGUGCUCGCCGACAUGGCCGCCUUCAUUAGGCCGCACCUCCCUUCCUCGCCGGCGGACGUGCCCGCGUUCGUCAUGGGCCACUCGAUGGGCGGCGGGCAGGUGCUCACUCUUGCAUGCCACCCGGACUACCAGGAGAGCGUGGUGCGGCCCGUGCGCGGGUGGCUGCUCGAGAGCCCCUUCAUCAGCUUCUCGCCCGAGGAGGAGCCGUCGGCGGUCAAGGUGUUUGCCGGCCGGCUCGCCAGCCGGCUGCUGCCCCACUUCCAGCUCAAGCACGAGAUCGUGCCGGAGCACCUGUCGCGCGAUCCGGAGGUGAGGGAGCGCCUGGUGCAGGACCCGCUGAUGCACAACACGGGCACGCUCGAGGGCCUGGCCGGGCUGCUGGACCGGACGGGGGCCCUGGCCCGGGGCGAGGUCAGGCCGCAGCCGGGAGGGGCGCUCAGGAGUCUGUGGAUAGGCCACGGCACCGAGGACAAGACGACCUGGUUCCCCGCCAGUCGCAAGUAUUUUGAUGAGUGCACGAAGGAGGUCAAGGACCGCGAGUUCAAGGCGUACGAGGGGUGGUAUCACAUGCUGCACGCGGACGGACCCGAAAGCGAGCAGUUCUUCAAGGACGUGGGAGAUUGGAUCCUCGCAAGAUGCGACGGGGAGAAACCAGAGGCCAAGCUCUAGGGCGCAUCUUCUUACUGCACAUACACGUGUGGGUGAGCGUAAAUACAUACAUGAAUGUGUGUUUCAGAGUAUUGUGGACAUUGUGGACGAUGGGCGGCCUCCUGGAGAACGGUCUUUGUUUUAGUCGCUUUUCAAUACUCCCUUCCCGUUCAGGGUGGUAUUGUUACGGCACCUACCUACCUACCUAGCUACCUAGCUACAAAUUUGCGGGAAACUUGGCAAUGCUCGGGCUGCGAUGACUACCGACACUUAAUGUAGCCCAAUUGCGCACCUUCAGGGUGAUCGUCGUGCGUUCUAGUGUAAACACCAACCGA